GUCUCCUCCAGGCUCAGACUGCGUUCCUCCAGGGAGAGAGGACAGGAGAAUGUAUUGGUGUUGACUGUGAUGCCUUCUCCCUCUCUAGGCCUAGAUAGACUUCCUGCAAGGCCAGAGGAAAGCUCUGAUCAUGUGUAGUUGAUGCUGUCUGUUAAUGGCAUGCGAUAUGUCUCCUCCAGGCUCAGACUGCGUUCCUCCAGGGAGAGAGGACAGGAGAAUGUAUUGGUGUUGACUGUGAUGCCUUCUCCCUCUCUAGGCCUAGAUAGACUUCCUGCAAGGCCAGAGGAAAGCUCUGAUCAUGUGUAGUUGAUGCUGUCUGUUAAUGGCAUGCGAUAUGUCUCCUCCAGGCUCACUGCGUUCCUCCAGGGAGAGAGGACAGGAGAAUGUAUUGGUGAUGACUGAUAUUGUGUUUCUCCUCCAGGCUCAGACUGCGUUCCUCCAGGGAGAGAGGAAAGGACAGGAGAAUGUAUUGGUGAUGACUGAUAUUGUGUUUCUCCUCCAGGCUCAGACGGCGUUCCUCCAGGGAGAGAGGAAAGGACAGGAGAAUGUAUUGGUGAUGACUGAUAUUGUGUUUCUCCUCCAGGCUCAGACGGCGUUCCUCCAGGGAGAGAGGAAAGGACAGGAGAAUGUAUUGGUGAUGACUGAUAUUGUGUUUCUCCUCCAGGCUCAGACGGCGUUCCUCCAGGGAGAGAGGAAAGGACAGGAGAACCUGAAGAAGGACCUGGUUAGGAGGAUCAAGAUGCUGGAAUACGUUCUCAAACAGGAGAGGGCCAAGUACCACAAGUUAAAAUAUGGAACAGAGUUGAACCAAGGAGACAUGAAACCUCCCAGCUAUGAGUCUGAUGAGGUGAAUGAGAAUGAGGCCCCUGGCUCUCUGAACAACCAGUUGUCCUGGAAACAAGGUCGUCAGCUCCUCAGACAGUAUCUUCAGGAGGUGGGUUACACCGACACCAUCCUGGAUGUGAAGGCUCAGAGGGUGCAAACCCUGCUGGCUAUGGCUGGAGCCGGAGGGGGUCGACCGGGGGAGAGGACCGGGCCAGAGACCCCUCUGGUCAACGGGACAGACACCGUACCCUAAAGGCACCGACACUGGAGGAGGGAAGACUGAGGUGUCUGAGUCCAGUGUUGUGCCGGACACCUUCAGGUUCUACUGUGAUGAAGACGAUGAUGAAGAUGGUGCAGGGUUGGAUCGGACUGUCAUGGAACAGACAGGACCGACGGGGACCAUGGUGAGGAAGAAGCCACCAUCGUCAUCAUCACCGACCCUCAAUAUGGACACUAGUGAGGACCCGGACGCAGAGGACGCACUGAAAGGCUUCGACUUCCUGUCCAGCCCUGACAACAUGGACACAUCGCCUGAGUCCCGCAGCGCUGGGGACGGGACGGA